AUGUAGAACCAGGGACUAAACUCCUAUCAAUUGAAAUCAAGGAAUGGUUUUGGUUUCUCCCGCUCCCCACUUGCACUUAUCCAUAUGGAAAUAUCCGUACAAGUUGACUUUUAUUUCUCACCACCCAAAAAAAUUAAACACUUCAAACUGUUGUUAUAAAGAGCUUGAAGAGUUUCAGUUUCAUCAAGUGUUUAUUGGAUUCAAAGGAAGAAUGUGUGAUACUGCCGGUCAGGUCAUACGCUGCAGAGCUGCUGUAGCUUGGGAAGCAGGGAAGCCACUGGUGGUUGAAGAAGUUGAGGUGGCACCACCACAAGCAAAUGAAGUUCGCUUGAAGAUCCUUUUUACGUCUUUGUGCCACACUGAUGUCUACUUCUGGGAAGCCAAGGGACAAAACCCUUUAUUUCCUAGAAUUUAUGGUCAUGAGGCAGGAGGGAUUGUGGAGAGUGUUGGUGAGGGCGUGACGGAUCUGAAAGCCGGCGACCAUGUCCUGCCGGUAUUCAUGGGGGAAUGCAAGGACUGCGCUCACUGCAAAUCAGAAGAGAGCAACAUGUGUGACCUCCUCCGGAUAAACACUGACAGGGGAGUGAUGCUCGGUGAUGGAAAAUCAAGAUUUUCAAUCAAAGGCAAGCCUAUCUACCACUUUGUUGGGACAUCCACCUUUAGUGAGUACACUGUUGUUCAUGUUGGCUGCGUUGCCAAAAUCAAUCCCUCGGCGCCUCUAGACAAAGUCUGUCUCCUCAGUUGUGGAAUCUCCACAGGUCUCGGAGCUACUCUAAAUGUUGCAAAACCGAAAAGGGGAUCAACCGUGGCUGUUUUCGGAUUGGGAGCUGUAGGCCUUGCAGCUGCCGAAGGAGCCAGGUUGUCUGGUGCUUCAAGAAUUAUCGGUGUUGAUUUGAAUUCGAGCAAAUUUGAAGAAGCAAAAAAGUUUGGUGUGACAGAAUUCGUGAACCCAAAAGAGCACAAAAAACCAGUUCAAGAGGUGAUUGCUGAGCUGACAAAUGGAGGAGUGGACAGAAGCAUUGAAUGUACAGGAAGUGUCGAAGCCAUGAUAUCUGCAUUUGAAUGUGUCCAUGAUGGUUGGGGUGUUGCUGUUCUUGUGGGAGUACCACACAAAGAAGCCGUCUUCAAGACGCAUCCAGUUAACUUUCUGACCGAGAGGACUCUCAAGGGUACAUUCUACGGAAACUACAAGCCUCGAACGGACAUUCCCUCUGUUGUGGAGAAGUACAUGAACAAGGAACUGGAGCUAGAAAAAUUCAUCACCCACGAAGUCCCCUUCUCAGAAAUCAACAAGGCUUUUGAGUACAUGCUUAAAGGGGAAGGUCUUCGUUGCCUAAUACACAUGGAGGAAUGAAAACUGAAAAAGCUUCAUCUUUUGAUGUUCUGUAUUCUUAAAUCCUAAAUUUUCGAUUUCGUCUUUCGGUUUUCUUUGUUUUCUCUAAGUUUGAUCUGCAUGUAAUCAAUAUGAAUCUGUUUGCUUCUAUUGGACAGUUUCUAUGAACAUACAUAUCAAUAAAUAAAGAAUAUAAGUGAAUAUAAAAUUGUAACUUCAGUUUGUGGAUUA